GGCUGGGCUCGGCCAUGUUCAGCUGGGUGAGCCGCGAUGCGCGGCGGCGCAAGGAGCCCGAGCUGUUCCGCACCGUCUCGGAGGGGCUGAAGCAGCUCUACGCCGGCAAGCUGCUGCCGCUGGAGGAGCACUACCGCUUCCACGACUUCCACUCGCCGGCGCUGGAGCCGGCCGACUGGGAGAGCAAGCCCAUGGUGCUGCUGGUGGGCCAGUACAGCACGGGCAAGACCACCUUCAUCCGCCACCUGCUGGAGCAGGACUUCCCCGGCAUGCGCAUCGGGCCCGAGCCCACCACCGACUCCUUCAUCGCCGUCAUGGGCGGCGAGAGCGAGGGCGUCAUCCCGGGCAACGCGCUGGUAGUCGACCCCCGACGCCCCUUCCGCAAGCUCAACGCCUUCGGCAACGCCUUCCUCAACAGAUUUAUGUGUGCACAGCUGCCAAACCCCGUCCUGGACAGCAUCAGCAUCAUCGACACGCCGGGCAUCCUGUCCGGGGAGAAACAGCGGAUAAGCAGAGGUUACGACUUUGCCGCCGUGCUGGAGUGGUUUGCCGAGCGGGUGGACCGCAUCAUCCUGCUCUUCGACGCCCACAAGCUGGACAUCUCGGAUGAGUUUUCGGAGGUGAUCAAAGGUCUCAAGAACCACGAGGACAAGAUUCGGGUGGUGCUGAACAAGGCGGACCAGAUCGAGACGCAGCAGCUGAUGCGGGUCUAUGGGGCGCUGAUGUGGUCGCUGGGCAAGAUCAUCAAUACCCCGGAAGUGGUGCGCGUCUACAUCGGAUCCUUCUGGUCGCACCCGCUGCUCAUCCCGGACAACCGUAAACUCUUUGAGGCGGAGGAACAAGACCUCUUCAAGGACAUCCAGUCGCUGCCCCGCAAUGCGGCUCUCCGGAAGCUGAACGACCUUAUCAAGAGGGCCCGGCUGGCCAAGGUCCACGCCUACGUUAUCAGCUCUUUGAAGAAGGAGAUGCCCAACGUCUUUGGCAAGGAGAGUAAGAAGAAGGAGCUUCUGAACAACCUGGGUGAGAUCUACCUCAAGAUCGAGCGAGAGCAUCAGAUCUCACCGGGUGAUUUUCCCAGCCUCCGAAAGAUGCAGGAACAGCUCCUGACCCAGGACUUCACCAAAUUCCAGCCCCUGAAGCAGAAGCUGUUGGAUGCGGUGGACGACAUGCUGGCCAACGACAUCGCCCGGCUGAUGGUGAUGGUGCGCCAGGAGGAGUCACAGAUGCCCUCCCAGGUGGUGAAGGGCGGGGCUUUUGAAGGCACCAUGAACGGGCCCUUCGGCCAUGGCUACGGCGAGGGCGCCGGCGAGGGCAUUGAUGACGUGGAGUGGGUGGUCAGCAAGGACAAGCCCACUUACGACGAGAUCUUCUACACUCUCUCGCCCGUCAAUGGCAAGAUCACGGGUGCCAGCGCCAAGAAGGAGAUGGUCAAGUCCAAGCUGCCCAACACCGUCCUGGGCAAGAUCUGGAAGCUGGCCGACGUGGACAAGGACGGCCUGCUGGACGACGAGGAGUUCGCCCUGGCCAACCAUCUCAUCAAAGUCAAGCUGGAAGGGCAUGAGCUGCCAGCCGAACUCCCUUCCCACCUGGUGCCCCCUUCCAAGCGCAGGCAUGAGUGACACCCUCCGCCUCCGGACGGCCCUGCCGAGUGCAGCAACGUGCUCUGGGUGGAGGCACCCGAGUGCUGCCCGCGGGGGACUGAGUUCAAAUCUUCCCGCUCUGCGCAAAGCCGAGUCGCGUAUACAUAUAU